GUCCUGUUUUAGUUUUUUUCAGUUGUUUUGUGGGUUUUGUUGUGGCUUUUGCCAUCAUGCUUCAGCUUUUAUUGUCAUGCUUUGGCUUUUGUCGUUGUGUUGUCUUUCUUCCACUUUUGUUGUUUUUUUGUAUCUUUUGGUUUUAUAUGAGCCAUGUCAACCACCACACUAAGAACAUAUUCACAAUAAAAUGUUUGUUUUGGUAGAAACUUUCCCUGUAAAAUAAUCAUUCUUGUUGUUGCCUCUGUCCGUGGUGCUGAAUUUACCUUAUACAUAUUAUACGUAACAUAUAGUGAUAGUUAAAGGUGAUUUACUGGUUUUCAGAACUGUUUUCAUUUGGGGUUAAAUCAGCUUUUACCUCUGAUUUGUUUAUAAUGCUUAUGUUGAAAAAUACUCUUCACUUGUGAUAAUUUUUCUUUCUUGCAGGGCCCAACAGGACUGCAGCCUGAACCGUUGCUGGAUUUCAUGGCCACCGUCCCACAAAUGCAGAAGAAAACACCAGGAGGAGCAACAUAAAGACUGCAGUGGCAGUGAAAGGAGACAGAGGAGGCUCAGGAGGGGAAACAGUUUGAAAAAUGGUGGCUGUACCGCAGCGUUACUCCUGUCAAGUCAUCUCGGUGUUCCAGCUCUGCGUCUUACACCUGGUGCAUGGUGGAGCUUAUUAUGGACAGAAACAGCCGCCUCAGCAGCCCAUACCGCAGUACAAUGACGAUGGGUUUCCCCAGCCACAGUUUCUGGGGAACGAGAUGCCAAACUCACCGUACAGCAAAGAUGUUCCGUUACUGCCUCAGUUUGGAAACGAGUUCCCUCAUCUGCCUUUGCAAAUGAGUAAACACAGACCGCUGAUUGACGGCAAAGGACAAACUUUCCCAAGAGGCUCUAAAGGUCCACGUCCACCCCUCCCUGGAGGAGAAGGCAUUCCGCUGGGCCCAGCAGGAAUUCAGGGUCCCCCUGGACUACCCGGGCCACCAGGACCACAGGGGCCUCCUGGGUUACCGGGGCAAGCUUUAGCGGGUUCACCAGGAAAGCCAGGGCCUCCUGGUCCCCAAGGCUACAGAGGGGUUGGAAAACCGGGUAUGCCAGGGUUGCCAGGAAAACCAGGAGGACCUGGAUUACCUGGACCAAAAGGGGACCUCGGUCCGAGUGGUGGUGAAGGGCAAAUUGGACUACCUGGAGCACCUGGGCUUCCUGGACCUACAGGACUACCAGGGAUUUCAAAGCCAGGAGGUCAGGGGCUACCUGGACUCUUAGGUGUACCAGGUGAGCCUGGCCAAAAAGGGAUUCCUGGGUUACCAGGUCUUCCAGGACCAAAGGGAGAAAAAGGACUUGGUUUGCCUGGUUUUCCAGGUUUGAAAGGACCUGGUGGUCCACCUGGUCCACCUGGACAAGCGGGCCUUCCUGGCAUUGGUAGUUCUGGCCUUAAUGGUCCACCUGGGCAACCGGGAAUACCAGGAAAACCUGGUACUCCAGGAGAACCAGGGCCAUCAGGGUCCCCUGGUGAAAGAGGUCCACCAGGACAGCCAGGUAUUCAAGGGAUCGGAAAACCAGGAAUAGACGGUUUCAGGGGGCAACCAGGCCUUCCUGGAGGAAAAGGGGACUCAGGCCCUCCUGGCUUAAUAGGGCCUCCUGGUUUGCCAGGUUAUGGUAAACCAGGGUAUCCAGGACCAAAGGGUUUUAAGGGGCAUGCCGGUCUCCCAGGAUCACCUGGCCCUAAAGGUGACAAAGGUCAUGAAGGUCUUCCAGGGGUUAUUGGUCCUGAUGGUAUCAAUGGAAUGCCUGGAGCACCUGGCUUGAUAGGGCCUCCUGGGGGUUUUGGUCUUCCGGGACUCAAAGGAGAGGAUGGCCUUAUGGGUCCAAGAGGAAAUCCGGGGACAAAAGGUCAAAUAGGGCCUCAAGGUUUUCCGGGGCAGCUUGGUAGGUCAGGGGACUCUGGACUUCCGGGCCCUAGAGGUUUGCAAGGACCAAUUGGCCCCAAAGGAGAAGCUGGUACUAGAGGUUUACCUGGUUUGCCUGGUGCUUCAGGUUUGCCAGGACCAAGAGGAGAAGUUGGAGCAGCUGGAGACAAAGGUCAUCAAGGCCCACAAGGUAUUCCAGGGCACGCAGGUCCUGGAGGACCAAUUGGACCCCCUGGGCUUCCAGGAAAGAAAGGUGAUAUAGGCCCAUCUGGUAACCCUGGUUAUCCUGCCAAGGGAAACCCAGGUCCCCCUGGUCAAAUUGGUCCUCAAGGUAACACUGGUCCAACCGGUCCUCCUGGACUUCCAGGGCAACCAGGACCAGCUGGGCCCCCUGGUCCGCCAGGACUGCCUGCUUCAUCUCCCGACCUCGAACAGAUCCUCCCCAACAUCGGCCCUUACAACGGUCAAAACUACAAACCCUCAAAAAGUGGAGGCGUUAUUGGUGAAAGUAGUCUGAGCAUGCCUGCAUUUACAGCAAAGCUCACAAAUCCCUUUCCCCCCGUUGGUUCUCCCAUCAUCUUUGACAAGCUCCUGCACAACAGCAACCAGGACUACAACCCCCAAAAUGGACUCUUCACCUGUAGCAUACCAGGAAUCUAUUAUUUCGCUUACCAUGUCCACUGCAAAGGAAGCAACGUUUGGGUGGCACUCAUGAAGAACAAUGAGCCUGUGAUGUACACUUACGAUGAGUACAAGAAGGGCUUGCUGGAUCAGGCUUCAGGAAGCGCCGUACUUCCGUUACGGAAAGGAGACACUGUUCAUUUACAGCUCCCAUCGGAUCAGGCUUCUGGACUAUAUGCAGGUCAGUAUGUCCACUCCACGUUUUCUGGGUACUUAUUGUACCUCAUGUAAUGCCUUGUGUUUGGAUAGACAAAGGACUCUCUGUAGGUUAGAAAAGUACUUCCUUUUUGAGGUUUGAUGGUAUCCAUACUAUUCAGUUUACAAAAAUGCUGGUAGUUGAAUUAUGAUUGUAACAAUAUACCUUGAUCAUUCCAUCUUUUAAACAGUGAGCGCAAGGAUCUUUAGAUAAAUAUUUGUUUCUUGCUCAACCAUCUUUUUAUAAUUUUUCAUCUAUAUUCAUUUAUCUGUUAGGCUACAUUCUCAUCGCCCUUGGCAACGCGUAGACUUUCAAUAAAAAGUUUAUCUUCAUACACAUUUCCAAUUACCGUGAUCAAAACUAUUGCAUUGUUAGGCACAUUUAGACGAUUUUCAGGCUCUACGUACAAAACGUGAGUUCAGUGGUUGAAAAUUAAACCAGGUUGAACUUUAACCAAUCAAUUGAUGUAUGGAUGGCGUACUUUUUAUUGACGAAGUGUCAACCGUUUGAAAAUUGAUUAUGAAGGAGAAAUUAUUUUGUGCCCGGCUAUGGCCGAAUCCGAAUUGUUCCCCUCCCCCUACGGCUUCUCCCUACACCUACAUUUAGCCUUCCGAACGAAGAGUUAUGGAAAAAUAGUGUCUUUGAAUUCGGAUGUUACUCCCACUUGAUGAUGUCAUCAGCUACGUUAGUGCAGUGCUGCUAGCACUCAGAAAUACAAAAUAACAUUGGUUUUAAAACUUUAAAAAGGUCAUACUAAAACAAAAAGUCAUUACUUUCAUUUAAAUGUAAACUUCUGCAGAAAAGCGCUUCUCCUCUGCGCCAGGGUUAGCCCUUAAAAAAGCGACUAAAGACACCCCUAUCACUUCAAAUGCCCCUAUAGUUGGGAAAAAUUUGGAUUCGGCACGAAGUCUUUUAGGUAUUGGAAUAGAGCUGUGAAAGAAAAAGGAAGAUUUGCGAGAUUUGCACCACUUUAUGUGCGCUAGCUAGUAUCUGGUAGCGACAGUCCAGUGUGGACACCAUAUGUUAAACAUGCAUCACUUGGCUGGUGUGAAUGUAGCUAAUGUGUGUAUGGCUAAUGCUAACAAAUGCAUAUCCAACUAAAUACAAAGCAUAAUUACAGCUACAAUACAGUUUGAAUGCAUUUACUCAUUUUUCUUUUUAUUUUCUCAAAUAAUAAACCAUUUUAUUGGAUCAGUGAGUCAGAUCAGAGCAUCUGAACGAUCUAAGUUUGUGGAAAGUGAAUUUCUACAUUAAAAAAGGGAUGAUUUUGUUUUGUAAAAUUUCUUUGGCAGAUGUAAUAAUUUAUUUUAUUUUACUACUGAUGACAUCAAUUUACCAAUUUUUUUUUAACGAUGAAUAAAGACAUUUUUUCUGAUGUUUACGCUGUGUGUCAUGUCAUCUGAAUUUGUGACCAUUUUAAUAAAAAUGUGUUUUCCGUUUCUCUUGACAUGUUUUUUGACAUGUUUGACAACUUUUGUGCCAAAUGUGAGAAUUGUGACUUAUUUUUCAGAUAUCUUUUUAAUAAAACAGUAACCUGACUUACAAUACUGGUUUAUGUUUUUUGCCUUUAAGUCAAAGGACUAUUAAAUACAAUGUGAAUCUAUUGAAAGAAAAUGUUUUGACUUGUGUUUCUUUGGUCACCUUUGAUCUAUUCUUCAAAAAGUGCCUUGAUUUAAAACGAGAUACAAAACAAUGCAUUGUGGGAAACGGUGUCAACCCUGUUCUUGUAGUAAGAAAUGAGGAAAUGUCGCCAUCUGGUGGACAUUUUCAAUAAAGCAUUCAUAAAUCCGUGUUUAAAUUUUAUUAAUCCUUUGUGCAUCUUUCCUUUUCAAACACAGAAAAAAAGACAACACAAAGAAUUAUUCAUCAUUUUUAUUGGGUCAGUAUAAAUAUACAAUAAGAUUAACUCAUUCCCACAACAGUGCUUUAUUUACGAUCAAAUCUAAAUAGUAUUAAAUGAUUAUCUGAGAAUCCAAGUCUUUAAUCCUCGUGUCUUAAAAUGAUGUCAAAGUUUCCAAAUAAGGCAAACAAGGAAAAAAAA